AUGAGCGGCCGCGUCGGAGACCUGAGCCCCAAGCAGGCGGAGACCCUGGCCAAGUUCCGAGAAAACGUCCAGGAUGUGCUGCCGGCCCUUCCCAACCCUGACGACUACUUCCUCCUGCGCUGGCUCCGAGCUCGGAGCUUUGACCUCCAGAAGUCCGAGGCCAUGCUCCGCAAGGUAUGUCAUGUCAAGUUUGGGGUAUCUUCCCAUGCCCAGGUGAUCCAGAAGUUCAUGCCCGGAGGGCUCUGUGGUUAUGACCGAGACGGCUGUCCUGUGUGGUACGACAUCAUUGGGCCCCUCGACCCCAAGGGGCUGCUCUUCUCUGCCACCAAGCAGGACCUGCUCAAGACCAAGAUGCGGGACUGCGAGCGCAUCCUGCACGAAUGCGACCUGCAGACUGAGAGGGUGAGGCCCGCCCAGCAAGGGAGGAGGGCUCGACAAGGGGAAGGAACUGGGAACAGGAGAAAGUGAGGCAUGGGCUCUGAUGGGUCUCUCUUGGUUCCACAGUUCUUUGGACUUCUUGAAGAGAAUUAUCCAGAGACUCUGAAGUUCAUGCUCAUCGUGAAAGCCACCAAGCUGUUCCCCGUGGGCUACAACCUCAUGAAGCCCUUCUUGAGUGAAGACACCCGCAGGAAAAUCAUUGUCCUGGGAAACAACUGGAAGGAAGGUUUGCUGAAGCUCAUCAGUCCCGAGGAAUUGCCCGCCCAGUUUGGGGGAACCCUGACUGACCCAGAUGGAAACCCCAAAUGUUUAACCAAGAUCAACUAUGGCGGGGAGAUCCCCAAGUCCAUGUACGUGCGGGACCAAGUGAAGACCCAGUAUGAGCACUCGGUGCAGAUCAGCCGCGGCUCCUCGCACCAGGUGGAGUACGAGAUCCUGUUCCCUGGAUGUGUCCUGAGGUGGCAGUUCUCUUCAGACGGGGCCGACAUCGGCUUCGGGGUCUUCCUGAAGACCAAGAUGGGGGAGCGGCAGCGGGCCGGUGAGAUGACCGAGGUGCUGACCAGCCAGCGCUACAACGCCCACAUGGUGCCCGAGGACGGAAGCCUCACCUGCUCGGAAGCCGGAGUCUAUGUCCUGCGCUUUGACAACACCUACAGCUUUGUUCACACCAAGAAGGUCAGCUUUACGGUGGAGGUGCUUCUCCCGGACGAGGGCAUGCAGAAGUACGACAAGGAGCUGACCCCUGUCUAGAUGGCGCACUUCCAAGAUCCCCCUGCUUUCUACCAUCUGUCUAUCUAGCCAUCCUUCCCAACCCCCACCACCUGAUCAUUAGUCCUCCAGACUCUGUGGGAAGGGCUGCCUUGUGGAAGAUCCACAUGCUGUGGUCAGAUUAGGAAAGAUAUGAGAGGCACAGCCGUGGAGGAUAGCAAUGCUUUAGAAGAGUGAAAAGGGUGAAGUAAGAGAUGAGAUGUCACUGAACCCCUCAAGAAAUAGGAAAAUGAAGCCCCUCACCUUUGUCCUGAGCUCUUGUAAGACGUUUGUAAGUGACCCAAUUACCUUCCUUGUAGGCUGUGAGCUCCCUUGACUUGGAGAGUGGUCUAAAUUCAUUUGCACCCCACCCCACCCCCUGUCCAUUUGUUGUUGGUGGUGGGUGUGCUGUUGCAUAGAUUCCAAUACAUAGCAACCCUAAGCAACAAUUGCCCCCUAGGUUUUCCAAGACUGCGAGUUUUAACAGAGCAGUGGUCAGGCCUUGCUCCGGGUGGGUUCAAACCACGCGCUCUUCACUGUCCACUACCACACCCAGUGCAUGUGUGUGGCUUUGAAAGGAGAGCUGGGCAGUGGGACGCGGUGACGCAUGGGUGUGCAGGAUGGGGUGGAGCCCAGGUCAAGGCCAGUUUCAGCACCUUGGACAGGGGCCACCAAGGCAAGGUGGAGACGGACUGUCUCCUGAAAGAACCAGGUGACCCAGCCCUACCUCGUUUCUGUCAGUGAAUGAAUAUUUUUUGUGGGGGAUGGGGGGCAGCCACAGGGCCAUGACCCUUUGACAGGAGGUGCUACGUCUGGUAUCACACAGCUUUCCUCACCUGCCAUUCUCCCCCGCUCCCCCUAGAGCUCACAGUUUGUGUUUCACGUAAUCAAGCGGCUUUCUGGGAAGCAAAGGAGCUCUAACGCCCACU